CUUUCAAUAAAGACACAACUUGUUUAGUAAAACUAAAUAAAAAUAAUAAUAAUAUGAAACUAUAUUAUUAUUUAGUGGCGAUUUUUAUCGCCUGUCAACUUCCCUGGACCAAAGCCAGCAAAAUGGUGUGUUAUUAUGACACCACUGGAGCUGUCAGAGAAGGUCCUGCCAAGUUCACUCCCAAAGAUAUGGAAACAGCUUUACAGUUCUGUUCCUAUGUAAUUUACAGUUACAACGUUAUUGCGCCCAAAACAGUUGUUGACUCAUCUCUGUUACAACGACAGCAACAGGAGUUUCUUAAUGUGGCCAAAAUCAAAACUAAAUUUCCAAAUGUUAAAUUUCUAUUUAGUUUAAGUGGUCACAAAGAUUUGGCAGAUACCGGAAGUUUUCUGAAAUUCCUAGAAGCCGAUCAUAAAGCUCAAAAUACGUUUGUCACUUCUGUCGUUGAGAUAUUGCGUAAAUAUAAAUUUGAUGGCUUGAGUUUGGAUCUUCCACUACCAACAGAGAAGCCCAAAAGAGUGCAAUCAUAUUAUGCUGCCAUAGUGUCUGGUAUUAAGAAUUUAUUUGCCUCAAACUCGCCGGAGGAUGCAAAGGCAUCAGAGCAUAAGAAGCAGCUGACCGAUUUGAUAGCUCAACUGAGUGCGGCGUUGAAGGUGCACAAUUUAAUGUUGAGUCUAACGGUUAUGCCGAAUGUUAAGUCAAAAUCAUAUUUCGAUACUAAAAGCAUUAUAAAGAAUCUGGACUUUGUUAUACUCUCAGCAUUUGAUUUCUAUACCCCGGAACGUAAUCCCGAAAUAGCCGACUAUGUGGCACCCAUUCAUGCUCCCAUUAAAACCGGUAAUCGUUUGCCACAAGCUAAUGUCGAUCAGUUAGUAGAAGAGUGGUUAAAAACUCUAAAAGUACCAGCCCAGAAAUUAAUUGUUGGUAUACCGGCUUAUGGACGUUCUUGGAAAAUGAGUAAUGAAUCGAAACCAUCGGGACUACCACCUGUUUCAUUUACACAAGGACCUGGUCCCGCUGGAAAUCAAACACAUCUGCCUGGUUUUCUAUCAUGGCCUGAGGUAUGCGUACAGAUUCCAAAAGCCUCGAGCAAAGUAAAUACUUUAGUUACCGCUUUACGUUCUGUUAUUGAUCCAACUAAAAAAUAUGGUAAUUAUGCCUAUCGUGCGGCAGAUAAAAAUGGUAAUGCUGGUCUUUGGAUUAGUUACGAGGAUCCCUCGACAGUUGCCGCCAAGGCUGAGUAUGCUAAACAUCACAAUUUAGGGGGCGUGGCUUUGUUUGACAUCACUUUGGAUGAUUUACGUGGCCGUUGUAAUGGUGACACAUUUCCAAUGCUGAGAUCAAUUGUAGCUAAGUUAUUGCAGUGAGCUUGUAUCUUGUGGUUUUGUUUUUUUUUGUAUUCAUUUAUAAAGUGUAGAAAUUUAUUAAUUAAAUAAAAAUAAUCACAAUGGUCAGAAAAUAA